CUUGUUGGUCGGCGAAAGGGCGCGCAUUUUUGGGUGGCUCACUCUCUGAUUUGAUCCAGUGUGGAAAACAAGGGGCAGAAAAGAGAGGCAAAGGGACAGAGACUUUCCUGUGAUUUCUGCGUUUAAUUCCCUGCCAUUUUGUUAGAUGCUGAAAGGAAUUGUGCAUCAUGUCAAAACGUGACUCCUUUCUACAAUCUGUGUGUAAAGAAUCUGUGGAAGACUUCCUGAAUUUUAUUCAGCUUCAUAAAAACAAUUCGGAUCCAUUUGAUCUAAAUGAGGUGCUACAGGAGUUCCCGCGGAAGCAAAGAGAAGCAUUAUGGGAGCAGCUGAAGAGGCUCCUAACCAAUAUUCUGUUGGACAACCCAGUGGAGAACUGGCGGGAAGAUGAAGACAGCGAAGAUGAAAUGGAACUGGAGGGUGCACUUGAUAUGAAGAAAAAUCUAUCUGUGGUCAGUGGUGUAACUGAGGUGGUAGUGGCGUCUGUACGUGUAAUUGAUGAGAAUGAUGUUUACAGUGACUUGCUGGAAAUUGCUAUUAUUUUGAACGGCAUUUUGCCAGCAUUGCCUAAGCUUCAAGGAGAUUUGAAAAUUACCAUCCAACAUUUGUUUGUGGCUUGGUGGGACAAAGGAUUAGAAGGCAAAGAAGAAUUGGGGAAAACUGCCUUUAUUAUGUUGUUGGAGAAAACUUUAUUGGGGAAAUUUUCGAAUGCUGACAUAGUUCGACUCUGGCACUUCCACCAAGCUUUACAAAAUUUUGAAUUCAAUUCUGAAGGCAGCAACGAAGUGAAAAAUAUUUUGCUUCAGUGUUUCAUGAGUGUUGCCCACAUAAAAAAGGAAGAGGGAAGGCGUUUUUUAAGUUUUUUGUUUAGCUGGGAUGUGGAAUUCAUCAAGAUGGUCCAUGGUACCAUUAAGAACCAGCUGCACUUCUUUCCUAAGUCUAUCAUGGCCCAUAUAGCUGAGGUGUAUUUUAGAGCUUGGAAGAAGGCAUCUGGAAUGUUUCUGAAGACUAUUGAAUACAGCUGUAUCCAGGAUUUUAUGCAUCAUGGAGUUCAUCUUCCAAGGAAUUCCCCGGUCCACUCUAAAGUACGAGAGCUGUUAAGUUACUUUCAUCAGCAAAAAGUACGUCAGGGGGUUGAUGAAAUGCUGCAUCGUCUGUACCAGCCUAUUCUGUGGAGAGGACUAAAGGCCAGAAAUUCUGAAGUGCGAGCAAAUGCUGCAAUUCUCUUUGUUGAAGCAUUUCCGAUUCGAGACCCUGGACUAACCAAUGAAGAAGUAGACAUUGAAAUCCAAAGGCAAUUUGAGGAAAUUUUUAAUCUUUUGGAAGAUCCUCAACCUCAGGUUCGUUCCACUGGUGUGCUUGGUGUGUGCAGAAUUGCUGGAAAGUAUUGGGAAAUGAUCCCCCCUUCCAUCCUCACCGACCUUCUAACCACAGUGCUCCGUGACCUAUCUGCUGAUAUAAGCUCUGCUGAUGUUCGUUGUUCUGUCUUUAAGUGUUUACCAGUUACUUUGGAUAACAGAAUGAGCCACCCUUUGUUGGAGCAGCUUCUUCCUGGAAUGAAAAACAGUCUCCAUGACAACUCAGAGAAAGUCAGAGUAGCCUUUGUUGACAUGCUGCUGAAAAUUAAAGCUGCCAGAGCUGCAAAGUUUUGGAAAAUCUGCCCUAUGGAGCAUCUACUGGCUCGCUUGGAGCUUGAUUCUCGACCAGUUGCAAGGCGCAUUGUUAACCUAUUAUUUAACUCCUUCCUUCCUGUGAAUCAACCUGAGGAGGUAUGGUGUGAACGCUGUGUCACUCUUGUGCAAAUGAACCCCAUGGCAGCGAGGAAGUUUUAUCAAUAUGCACAUGAGCACACUGCACCGACUAACAUUGCCAAAUUGAUACUUGUGAUUCGCCGAUGCUUGAAUGCUUGUAUUGCAAGGGCAGUGCAAAACGAAGACGAUGGUGGCGAUGAUGACUAUCAAAUGGAAAAUAGCAGUGUGCUGGAUACUGUGCUGUCUGUGAAUGAUAGUGCCACAAUGGCCAGCUUACUGGAAAUUACUGUCAUUUUAUGGAAGAGCAUCUACAAGGCACUGAAUGAAAAUGAAGAAGCUAAAAACUACACAGUUGCCAAGUUUGCAACUGUGCUACCUGAGUAUUUUAAAACUUUUACGGAUGAUCGUUGCACUGUUCCCCUAGUGAUUCUGGCUUCCUUCAUGCCUGCAACAGCUGUUCCCACCUUCAGUUGUGGGGUUCUCUCAAAGCUGAGAAAUUUGGAUAAAGAAGCUGAUGAGAAUAAAUAUUCCUUAUUGAUAGACUGCCUGUGUCAGUGGGGGAAAGUUGGACAUGUGCUCGAGCUAAUCACUGACUGGCUAACAGAGGGACUUCCCCAGAAGAACGAGAAGGUCUCACAGCGUACAGUACGAAUCCAGGAAAUAGUGCCACCUAAAUUGGAGCUGGCAUUAAAUUUUUUAGAGUACAUACUGACCAACGUCAUGAGUCGAGAGUGUUUAUUAAAUUCGCCACAGAAAAGGCUGAACCAACUUCUGAAGGCCUUAGGAGUAAUCAAGGAACUUCUAACUUCCUUCUUGAGCACUUCAGAAAUAAUGCUUCAUGAUAUAAGUGUGAACACAGCUCUGAAGGCUUUCAACUUACAUUGUCGACUGACUAUUCAUCUUCAGAACAAGUUCAGUGUGGAUGGUAGAACUUAUCUUUUGGUUCUUGAAAGUAGUGCAGGCUGGAUAGAUGAAGAAGUGUUGCAGUUUCUGCACAUUCCUGGAAAGGCAAUGGAGGUGUCAGAGCAUCAGUGUGAUGUUGCAAGACAAGUGGUUGAAGUAUACCUCACAGUCUGUAAGGAUAUCGUUAUGGUUGGUGCGUCUGAUACAGAAUUCCAGGCUCAGUUGCUUGGCUUUGCUCUUGCUGUGCUGCACUCAGAGAAAGGAACCUUCAGUUUACCAAUACUGAUAUCCAUUCUGAAAGAGAUUACAGUGAAUUGCCUAUCUCAGAACAUCUACUGCAUCAGUGAGAAAAAUAAUGAAAUACUUGACAAUAUCCAGAAAGUAUUCCACAAAAUUUUGGAAAUUCUGGCGCAUUGUUCAAGGAAGAGCCAGGAAGAAACCCUGCAGAUUCUUGUGUCUAUUCAGUCGGUUCUUGGAGAAUUCAUCAACACUGUUCAGCGCUGGCGUGGGGCCCAUGAAGCAGUUCACCAAGAGAUACUCUCAACACUUUUGGCUGCUGUGCUGGCAGAAACCAUUCAUUCUUUAAAAAAGAAAUCUGAUCCAGAAGAUGUUGCUCCACCUGAGACCACUGAUGAUCUGCCACUACUUUCAAGCUACUUUCUGGUCAUUGUGUUAAAAUACCCUGGUGUCAUGAGAUCAUUUUUAAAUGAAUUAACAGAAUGCAUCAACUCUGAAGCCAUACAAGGAGUUGUGGGAUUAGUAGCUGCUCUCCAUAUCCUCCUCCUCCUCAGUAAAGGUAAAGUGAAAAGAGCGGCAAUCAAAGACACAGCGGUAGCCAUUCACACAAAGUUUCAACAUUAUAAUGGAAUUAUAUCAGAGUUGAGUGACAUUGAAAGGGCCUUGUAUACAUCUUCAAACGACCAUCUGGAAGAUCUAUUACAACUGUAAGCCAGCAUAGGUGGCAAUCUAUCUUGUAUUUUUAUCUUCACUGUCAACAUAAAGUAAAGUUGAUACAUUUAAGCUGCAAAAUAUUACUUAUUUUAAUUUUGCAAGAUGUUUGUUAGAAAUAUAUUUCUAUUUGCAUAUACUUUGUUGUAAUUUAGAAUCAUAUUUGUUGUAUAUUGAAUUUUGUUACUUCUACCAAUUAGAAUAUAUCAGUAAGUGUAAGUUGAAAGGGUAUAUCAAACUGUCUCCUUUUUUAGAAAUAAGUCUGUUAUCUGUUGAAAUGUUGAAAAUAAUGAAGUUUUGUACUUUGAAUAUUGCUGAAAAGAGAGAUAUUUUGCUACAGCUUUUCAUCUUGCGCCGAUCAGGACAAAUGCAAGAAUACAAAUUUCAACCAAUCACAAUUUAUACCACAGGAGAAAAGGAGUAGCGAUAGUUUGGCAAGUCAAUCCUGAAUGGUUGAGGCAUGCCAUGGAGAAAGCAAUAGAGAUAUAGUCUCUCAAAGCUUCCGCUAGUUCCGAAACGUCGCAAGACUUGAACAUAUUCCUUUUGUUUGCAGAGAACAUGCCCCUGCAUAUGAAUAUAUGUCGCUUCUAUCUUGACUCAUUAUCUUAAAUUGAUUAUUUGUGUAGCGUUUAACACAGGAUUGUUCAGCCACAUCUAACAGUAGAUGAUUUGUUUUGGGUUUUGCAAGCACAGGCUAGUUGUGUAGGUUCUGUACUUCACGGGUUAUGAACAACCAAAGGAACAAGUUUGAUUCAAUCAGCCUGUGCAGCCUAUGUACCUGGCAUUACACAAUGCUGUCUACUGUUAGCCAUUUUGCUAAUAGCUGAUUGACCUGAUUGUGCUAAUUGCUACAGUAACAAUUUAAGAUAAUUAGUCAUGCUUAUAACAUGGCUGAUUUACACUUGUUAAACGUGACAUACAUUCAUAUGCAGAGACCCCUUCUCUGCAAACAGAAGGAAUACCUUCAAACCUUGCACCUUUUUUGAAAUAUCCGGAUGCAUGGGGAGCCGAUAAUUCCUCCAUGGCAACACCUCGGCCAAUCAGCCGAUUUGCCAACCAAUCAGCACCCCUUUUCUCCUUAAAUUGUUGUGAUUGCUUGAAAUUAGACAUUCUUGCAAUUGUCCUGAAGAGUGCAAGUCAAAAAGCUUCGGUAACAUGUCUCUUUUCAGCAAUAUUCAAGAUCUGUACUAUCAAGCAACUGUUUUGUACUUUGGUUCUGUACAAGUGCCUACCAGGAGAUGUCACUGAAACAUACAGUAAUAUUGUAUUGAGAACCAAUUGAUGGUGAUUGUAUCAUGUUUUGCAUAAUGUAAAACUUUGUUUAAAAAAAAUUGCAUUGCUGAUGUUCUAAAAUCUGUGUUGGUAAAUGAAUUUAUUUUUACUCUCAUUAGAACUGAAUAAUGUAAAAAAAAAUAAGCUUUAGUGUAUGUAUAAUAAAGAUUGCAGUGGUUAAAUACUUAAUAAACCAAAAUU